UGCAAAGUUUUUAUCUUCCUGAUUUCAUCUUUAUUGCAAUCUAGAUGAGCAUGAAAUGAUUAGAAAUAAUACGGUAUUAUUAAUACCUUUUUGUUUGUUGUACUUGUAUCCUCUGCUUGUCAUAAAACAUAAAACUAACAGCUGCAUCUUCCCACCAAGGAUAUAGACAGCACAUGAGAGUAAUGUGAUAGUAGAUACAUGAGCAACUGAUUUUCUCUUCUCACACAUUCUUGAUCCAUCAUUACAACAUGGCCAAAUUUUUCAGUUAGCAUUUCAAACAGACUUUUGACAUAAUCUUUGUGUUUGAGGUUUCAACGGAUCUAAUACGACUUCAAUGACUUGGCCAACAAGAUAUCCUCGAGCAGUAUUGUCCUCCAAAGGACCAAAGUCUAUAGUAGUUUAUGAGGAUCUCACCAACCAAGGACCACCACAAUAAGUAUGGUCUUAAAUUGAAAGUUUUCAAUGCUAAUUAAAGCCAAGAACCGGUGAAGAACCCUAAAACUUUCUUGCUGGUAGGAGGAAAAAUGUUUUGAAAGUGGUUACCAUCCUAUAAGUUAUAACUGAACAGUAUCCCCACUCAACUUGACCUAUGGACCUAGCUAAAGAGUGUAUCAUGCCCACCCACCACGGUCCUCUCCUCGUGGGUUGAUUUUAAUUUGUGCCGUGCUUUUAAUUAGCUAAUUAAAACGUCUUUAUUAUAAAAUCAGAUUUUUGUAACGCAAAACUCACAAAAGAAAAAAAGAAAGAAUGAAUGAGAAGGAGGAGCUCCCCGAGAACAUGAGAGAAGACAACUUAAAUGAAGAAACCAAGAGCUUAAUCUCUUCACUUCCUUCUCACAAAGAUUUUCUAGGGAAGCUAUACAACUACCAAGGAUGUUGGUACUACCCCAACACUCUCCAAGGAGUUUUAAAUUUCCAGAAAGGUUUCAAGCCUCAAGAAACCGAUAUAAUCCUCGCUUCUUUCCCUAAAUCCGGCACCACUUGGCUCAAAGCUCUCACCAUCGCUCUCUUUGAGAGAUUCAACAACACUUCUUCUUCUCUUCAGUUCGAUAAUCCUCAUGGCUUAGUACCCUUCUUGGAGAUGAGUCUUUAUCACAAAACCUCAAUACCUGACCUGACCAAGUUCUCACCAUCAUCUCCGAGGCUGUUCUCGACUCACAUGCCGUUCCACACGCUUCAAGCACCCUUCAAGGACGAGUCUAGUCCUUGCAAGAUCGUGUACGUGUGUAGGAACGUGAAGGACGUGUUGGUAUCACAAUGGUACUUCAGGUGCGCUAGUCUGAGCAGUAUGGAGAUCAAUAAGACUGGAAAAACUUCGAACAAUCUGCAUUACUCUAGUUUUUUUCGCAAAGGAGAAGUCGGUGACUCCAAGAAUCAUCUCACUCCUGAGAUGGAAACCAAAAUCGACAUGAUCAUCGAGGAAAAACACAAAGGCUCCGGUUUUAAAUACUGAGUGAAUGUAUGAUUUGUGCUUUCCUUUAAUGGAACGGUACUAAAAAUAGUAAUAAAAGGAAUAAUACAUUACUGAUGUGUGAUUUGUACUAAUAUAAAUUAUAAUCGAAUAAUUCAAGUCA